GUUCGAUUGUUUUGGCUUAAGUUCACACGUAAAAACACGGCAUGACGACCAUGGAACACAGCUGUCGAAUCUGCUGUAAAACAGCGCCAUUUGAACCAGUUUGGCUGAGCGCUUGGUCCGAAAACCGGACAGAAAUAAUUUCCGAUAUGUUCACAUACUGCACUCAACUAGAGGUUUCCUACAGCGACUUAUUGCCUCAACAAAUUUGCCGAGAUUGUCUCAGCAGUUUGAUGAUGGCUUACAACUUCCGGAAACUGUGCCGUCACACGGAUGCAUUAUUCAGAGAGGAGCUGCGAAAUCGGAAAGUUGCAAAACAUCUAGUCGAAACGAAUCCGAUUUGUAGUCAACAGUUUGAUAAUGAUUGGAACAAGGAAUGCGUUAAUCAGUCCAUUGUGUGUGCUGUUCCUACUGAAUCAAGCUCCAAGCAUUUUAGCGAGCCCAUACUGGAGCCAGUAGAUAGUCAAGCGCUUGCCUUCCACUGUUGCUUCAAACAGUGCAAUGAAAGGACAAAGGAUUUCGGCGAACUGAAAGAACACGCAAUCAGACAUCAUGAAAGUCACAGAAAUGACAAUGAACUUUCGAGGCAUUCUGACCAGUUUAUUUGCCCAAUCUGCAAAAGGGGGUUCAGCAAUGCAACGCAAUGGACGCUACAUCAAGACUUUAUACAAGGGAUUCGAGGUUUGUAUAGUUGUACAAAAUGCGACCAAUCGUUUAGUUCCGAUGAGGAAUUGUCCAAUCAUAUGGCAGCAGAAUACCAUAUAAAAAAGAAAGUUCCCUCAAAUAAAGGAAACGUUCCGAAAGAUUCAUCAUUGCGGCAAAGUUUGAUUCGAAGAAUACUGGCAGUGAAGAGGACCGAGGAACUAGUGCGAAUUAGCCCGGAAGAGUGUGUCAUUGUAAAAGACAAAUAUUUCUUCAUUAGAUUGCAUCGGAAUGAAUUGAAGCAUUCUAGGAAGCAAGUAAAAUUGUACUUGGUCUGCAACACUUGCAUCUUUCGAGCGGCGAGUGCUAAGAUAAUGCGAUCGCACUUAAACAGCGGAUCAUGUGCGCAAGGAUACUAUUAUGCUCUUGGUUUUUGUCCCGUGAUUUCACGUAAAAUACAAUGCCUUGAAUGCGUAACAUGUGGAUAUCAAGCUAUUUACGGCAUAAAGUUACGACGACAUCAAGAGAUUCACAAUCAUCAUGGAAUAAGACGAGCGGUCAAAGUUCACCAAGUGAUCGAAAGGACUUUCCCUUGCGAACUUUGUGGCAAAGUGCUGAAGUCAACGACCAUCCGGAAGCGUCAUCGAAGCAAAUGCCUGCUUACUACUAAGCAGAAUACGACUCAAAUAAUCCCAGAAGCUUCAAAGCACACAACUGAAACUGCCAGCGUAGAACUUAAAUGCGAUUUGUUGAAUACGUGCAACGACGGACAAAUGGAAUCAUUCAUAACCGAUAUCAAAAUUGAAGAAAUUGAUCCGGGUGAUGCUAUGAACCCAGCCAUAGACAGUCACGAAUCCGAAACGCAAAGCAUUUCGGCAUCUUCAAGCGCUCAACCGGAGCCCGUGAAUCGAGAUCAAAGCAAAUUAUCCGCCAUCUGCGUGAUUUGUGGCUACACGACCCGAAAACGAGGCAAUCUGAAACGACACUUGAAAGCGUGCAUCGAGCGGGUCCCCGCCCAUCAGUCGGCCUACUUCGGCGAGAUAGUGAAACAGGAGUUGGCCAUUUCGUACCGAAGGUCAUCGCCUCGCGUCUGCAACAGCUGUGGCUAUUCCACUAAGAAAAGCGGAAACAUGAAACGCCAUCUGGCCAGAUGUUUCUCACAUGAGUUCCACGAAGAAUCCGUUCAAUUAGAUGACGAUUCAUCACAGCUGGAAUAAAUUGGGAGACUCAAUGAAUGUUACUUGUUAGUACCUACUAUAGUAUCUGAAUGAGAUAGUAUGUCAUGGGUUUGAUUUUGGUAGGCAGUCUAUCAGUGAGUGUUAGUUGAAGAGAAGGAGGCCUAGAACAGUGUUAUUUCUUUUGCGAAUAAGUCUCUUACAGACCUAGAGAAGAAGCACUUUCAAACGAAGCGUGACGCCUUGGCGAUAGUCUGGGCAGAAGAAAAGUUUAAGCUGUAUCUUCUUUGGAACAAUUUAUCACCGACAGCAAAGCUCUGAAUUCUUCACACCACGAUCUCGACCUUGCCCCAGAAUCGAAAGAUGGGUACUCCGAAUCCAAUCAUACAACAAUUACUUAAGUAUGAGUCUGGCAUUACGUAUUUAGCAGAUACUUUAUCUCGUUUAUCAAUUGCCAAGGCACAAUACAUUGACAAAUCGGCGGACCAAUAUGUUAACCAACUUUUGGAACAUGCCAUACCAAAUGCUAUCAGUGAGUUAGAUACGGACGAACAGCAAGGACCUAAAUAUACGUUGUGCUACAAAGUAA